AGCGCGCCAGUGAUAAAUUAUUAUGGUUGUCUGUGUGGUCGGCACGCUCUUAUAUAUGGAGGAAAACUACUGGGUCACAUAAUGUUACAGUUGAUCCGACAGCAAGCUCAGACGUACCUAGGACCAUGGCUUACGAUCAGGCAUGUUUGAUCCUUUCGAUCAUUUUUCUGGCGUUACUUGUCUUAACCAACGCGUUCCCGUUCGGUGAAACUGAGGUGGACUGUAAGGAGAUGAAACCGUCACAGCUGACGUCACUUCCUCAGAGAGGACCAGCUCCGUAUAACCUCAGUGUCAGCAUGAACAUGCACGGAGUAGGCAUGGAGCUAAUUGUCACUGUCAAAACAACCGGAUCACGCAAAAUACGGGGUAUAUUGAUACAAGCGAGAAGUGCCGAAUGUCCACUUCCGGGAAAACCAAUUAGUACGAUGCCCAUAGGAAGUUUCACGAAUCUACAGGGAUCCAGAAAGAUGAAACCUAUCAACUGUUCUCAGAAAACAAAUAGCACAGUAACAAACCGGAAUUGGGGAAUGGAUGAUAUUAUGGAGGCCACAUGGAAAGUUGCCGAAACCGAACAGAGAAAGAUUCGGUUCUAUGCAACAGUUGUGGAUGACGAACAAACAUAUUGGGUCGGUAUCCAUUCAGAAGUCAUUCGUCACAUCUCUGAUACAGCGGAGGAUGACGGGAUAGCCUGCCAGACAGAAACGUAUACACCUGAACCAGUGUCAACCGGAUCUCUUACUAAAGAAAAUAGUGCAAAUAUGUUAAAUGGAGUCUCGACGCUUGUAAUUACCAUUGCAGCGCUGCUUAUUAGCAUAUUUGUGAGAUGAAGUUUGAUCAAUGAUUUUGGGUCAUUGAAAACCACCGCUGAAGUUCCUUUGAGUUGUCUCGGUUGAGGACUGUGUUGUUAUUCGCCGGACGUGAACAUAACUGGUGCAUGUCGGGAAAAAGCCACCACUUCCCGUUUCCCAGCACGAAUUCCCUCUUUGUCCUGGUCUCAGAAACAAGAAGAUGGACGUUCAAAAUAAUUGUCGGCCAGUAAAUUGGAGGAAUUUUCACCCUCAUCGAUACUGUCAUCGCCGUAAUUGUUCCAUUUGAUCAUAAACUUCGAAGAAAUGUUUUAUACAUAUAUUUGUCUAAGACAAUGCUUAAUAUUGCCGCUCGCUGUACAAAUGUAUUAUAGGUCCAACGUGCUAUUUUGCCGUCAAGUGAAAAGUACGCAUGCAUCCCAUCAAACGAGAAAAAGUCCAUAGAUUAGUGUCAAUCGACAUAUAUAUAUAUAUUACAUGUACAUAUAAUAUGUAGUCCUUGAUAUUUGUCGAAUCAUCUAAUAAUAAACAAAGAUCUAAUUUUGUGCUGUCAAACUGUAGCGCAGAAUCGACGAUUAACAAAUCUCUGUAAAAACUGAACUGUCGCACCAAAGACAAUUCCACAGAAACCCAGACAUUUUGGAUUAGAAGUUGAAAUAACGUUUGGUACAACGGAAUAUACGAUAAACUGUGCUUAAAUAGCAUGUUAUGAUUUAAAAGUCAUUGUUGGUUUACUAUGAGUGGUGUAUGACAAUAUAUAUUAGAUAUAUAUGAAAAACCAAGGGUUUACAUAUUUUACCUUGUCUCGACGUGGUAGGUAAAUGUUUUCGUAACUAUUCCAAUAUUGGCAAAUGAGUAUCAAUAGCACGUAAUACGACUUUUAUUGACUAAAAUUAAUGUCAUUUAGUGCUUUGUAGCCUCAAAUUGAUUUUUUCUAAAGUGAUUUUAUUCCAAUACUUCCAUCUACUAUCAGACGUUUUGUUUAUUGAAUAGUCAAAACUUUAUUGCUACUGAAUCCUAUGGAUUUUUUUAUUUAGCAAUACUGAUAUAUUUCCAAAAAUCACCGAGGUGUUUUCGUGAAACCAAAGAAAGUGUAAGUGUGAUAAAGGUUUUGUAUAUGUUUUCUAUAUUGUAGUAUGGUUGUGAAAACAUAUCUUGGAUUUCAUUUUCUGAUUAAUGAAAUUUGAUGACAUCAAAGUUCAAAAUGUGCAUGAUUUAUUUUAUUUCAAUGUUCAAAAGAAUUAUUGAUAUCAUUAAAGAGAAAUGGUGAACACAUACUGUUUACUGAGAUAUACGGGUGUAAUGAUGUAUUUCAUGUCUGUAAAUACGUGUAUAACAUAAUAAAACCUAACAUUAUA